AUGGAAGGUGGAGAUGAUAUUCAGCGGGCUCUUGAAAUACCAUCAACCAUUGGGCUAGAUACGGAUGGAGACCAUAUAAGACAGGUUCCUAAGCGAUCCCCAGAGUCUGAGACAGUGAGGAAACCACGUAAGAAACGAAAGACGUAUAGUUGUGAUGUUUGUCGUAAAUUUAAGACGAGAUGCGAUUUUGAGCCGUUGAUAGGUCGAUGCCACCGCUGCAGCGUCUUGAAUUUGGAGUGUUCUCUAACCAAGGAGCGUCAAGACGAAAUUUUGGCAGCGAUCGAUAGUUCUUCCGGCACAACUCUGCGCGUCGACACGGAAACUGCAACGAACAAUGCUCGUGAAAACGAACAAAAAACUUCGUGGGCAACCAACCCCGUCGCUUCGACGCUUACCAACAGACUCAAUAAACUUGAAGCAAAUCUCAACAGUUUAAACAGCAAACUGGAUUUGCUGGUGAUGCUAUGUCAGGGUAGAGCCUCUGCGUCAGUCAACAAGGACAAUGAUAAAAAAGACCGCAAAAGCAAUGAUGGUAUCAACGAAGUAACAGAAGGAACAAAUUCGGUGAAUCGUGAUGGACAGUCAAUGGCAAAACUCGAAUACCCCUCUGAUUCGGAGACCUCCCUAUAUCAGAGUGAUGAUGGAGAGGCUCCGGCUUCUAUAGGAAAGGAAUACCCUAGGUCAUUUUUAAAGGCCCAACGGAGGAUACAUUUCAAUGGUCUUAAACUUCAGGAACCCCCACUGAAACUCAUCGGUGAUAUUGAUGAGCGUCUAUUUCCCACUAAAGCACAAUCUGAAAGUGAUAGAAUUGCCAAGACACAGAGACCAUUUGUGGUUGCUAGAAACAAUUUUUUCAAAUUCUUCAAUCAACACGAAGACCUGUGCCUAUAUCUAUCGCGCGACUUUCUGGUCAAAUCUCAUUUCUGGAUAAUUCCUGGAGGUAUAAAAGAAAUCAACCGUCCCUAUGUUGAGAAGCACUUAUUUAUUUCAAGUGUCUUCGCAAUCAUCGCCAUGGGGUUUGAGGAAAAUAAGAAGUAUGAAGACGAGCAAGAAAUUAUGUAUCCUUUGGUUGAACGGUUGCUUACGAAUACUCUAACUAUGUUCGAAAGACUAACGGAUCACGACAUAGAGGCGAUAUUGUACUGUUCAAUGUUUAUUAUCUCACGAAAAUCAAAAAGACAUCGGCAAAUGAAAUUCAACUCUCUGGUUUUGACCAACUUUGCUAUUAGCAGCUUGCUGAACAUAAUCGACUUUCAUAGAAUAAAGGAAAGAGUUUUUAUGGAAGAAGAUUAUGAUCCACUAGACCUAUAUCAUUUGAGAAUUCUGAACUCUUUGACAGCAUGUCGUCUUCAAUACUCAAUUGGAUACGGAAGCUUUUUGGUUCCUGACGAAGUAUUGAAAGAGUUCAAUAAUCUCACAGCUAGAUACCCUCAAGCAAAUUUUGGAGAUGAUAUUAAAAUCAGCGAAAUAAAUCUCAGCGAAAUUGUGAACAGCAUAUUUUUGAACUUCAAGUCUUACUUCAAAAGUUUCACAAAAGCUUUCAAGACACGUUCUGAAGAGAGAGGCGAUGCCUCUUUCAACGAAUCCCGUCGAACUUAUGAGAAACUCAUAUUCCCCGAGCUGGAAUAUUGGCUCAAGAAUUGGGCCGAGCUACUUUCUAAAGAUGGAGGUGGUGUUCUAUUAUUUGCAUUCAAUUACUACUACAUUAUGAUAUUGCGCUCAUUCCUGACAGAAUUCUACAAGACUUGUCAUGACCAUCGAACCUACUUCAAGUCUAUUUUAAAAACUAUGAAGUUAUAUUGCUUCAACCUCUUAGAUGGAUUUCUGAAGUUACCAUCCCAGUUGAUCAAAGGCGCUCCGGCUAUAACCGUGUAUCAGCUGGUAUAUGCAUGCCUUACUCUUUGUGAUUUCCUGCAUUUCUUCGAUGCUUCAGAAAGACAACAAAUUUUAAACUUGUGUACCAAAAUCUAUUGGCAUUUGCAUACCAUAGGGGAGAAGCUGAACGAGGCCACUGAAAAUGUGGGAAAAAUCAUAAAAUCUCUAAUAGAGACUGGAAAGAAAAAGGUGAACGCGGGGGGUUUGGCAAUACCGCCCCCAGAUCAGCACAUCCAAAGCUCACAAUUGAACGCUUUACCAACUUUACAAAGUCUGUCAGCUCGCCUCGGCUCUCCGCAAAGUGUCUCAUCGGCUACUUCUCGUGUUAGCGGCUCCGAAGGUGGCCCCGCAACGAGUUUCAACAUGCCUGACGUGGAUCAGUUCAAUUCGUUUGAGGACUUCUUUCAAGACUUUUUUGAACAUCUAAAGCCGACAACCCAAAAUAUAUUUUCUUCUACAAACGAAAGUUGA